AUGACGUUGAACUUUGGCUCCAAUCUUCAAGAGCUUUAUUUGGAAAAUUGUAGCCUUUCAUCAAAUAAUAUUAUCUUCACAUCUUUCAAUCCUAACCUUACUUCUCUUGUCCUUCUUGAUCUCUCUGAUAAUCAUUUGAAAUCAUCAGCCAUAUUCUAUUGGAUUUCCAACUUCACUUUCAAUCUUCAUGAACUGCACCUCGGUGACAAUUCACUCAACGGUUCCAUUCCAAAUGGUUUUGGAAACACAAUGAAGUCUCUUGAAGUUCUUGAUCUCUCCUAUAAUAAUCUCCAAGGUGAAAUCCCAACAUCACUAGGAAAUAUAUGCACAUUGCAGAGCUUAACACUUGUCGACAAUAACUUCAGUGGGGACCUCGCGGGAUUCAUUUCUAAUAUAUCAUGGUGCAAUAGACAUUCAUUACAGAGUCUGGAUUUAGCAAGAAAUCGAUUGACGGGCAUGUUACCAAAUCUUUUGGGUUUUUCCUUUUUGCAAGAUCUGUCUCUCUCUGAUAACCAAUUAGAAGGAAAAAUACCUGAAAGCAUUGGAUUGAUGUCUCAAUUGGUAGGAUUGUAUUUAGAUGGGAACAAUUUGGGAGGUGUAAUCACCGAAUCUCAUUUCAAAAAUCUUUCUAAUUUGGUGAGCUUAUCAUUGUCUGGCAAUCCAUUGACCUUGAACAUUAGCGCCAGUUGGAUUCCCCCUUCUCAGUUACUACUUAUGGAGAUGGCUUCUUGCAAGAUAGGUCCUAAUUUUCCAAACUGGCUUCGUAAUCAACAUCAUUUAUCCACUUUGGAUAUUUCUGAUGGCGGGCUUUCAGGAUCUAUCCCAGAAUGGUUUUGGCCACUAUUGAAAAAUAUAGAUCACGUGAAUAUCUCAUUCAACAACUUUUCUGGUGAAAUCCCAAACUUGCCACUCAAGCUUUAUCAAGGCGCACAAAUAAUUUUGACUUCAAACAACUUUAAAGGUGCACCUCCAUCAUUUCUUUCAAAAGUGUCAGAACUUUAUCUUUCUAAAAAUAAAUUCUCAAAUUUGAUUCAACUUGUAUGUGGCCAAACUGAAGGUGGGGGCAUUGUCAUUUUAGACCUCUCAAACAAUCAACUAACAGGGCAUCUACCUAAGUGUUGGAGCCAACAAAACACGUUAAAAUUUGUUGACAUGAGCAAUAAUAAUUUGUCAGGAGAGAUCCCAUCCUCUAUAGGAAGCCUUGUUAAUAUGGAGGCUAUGGUUUUAAGAAACAAUAGCUUGACUGGAGAACUUCCUUUGUCUUUGGCCAAUUGCUCCAAGUUAGUAUUAUUGGAUGUGUCAGAAAAUAAGUUGUCAGGACGAAUACCUUCAUGGAUUGGGGUAAGCCUUGAACAAUUGCAAAUCCUAAGUUUACGGAUGAAUCAUUUAAAUGGAAGUCUACCCGUACAUCUUUGCCACUUAACACAAAUUCGACUCUUAGAUCUCUCUCGUAAUAACUUGUCCAAUGAAGUUCCAUCAUGCCUUGAAAAUUUUGCUGUUAUGGCACAAGAGCAUAUCAAUUUAAGCACAAGCUAUCAUUAUUAUAUGACCAAUAAAAUAGGGCCUUAUCAAUACCUUGAUGGUUUGGAAUUCUAUAUAACAUUGAUGUGGAAAGGUGAGGAUUACAAGUAUAUGAGGCCAGAACUCUUUCUUAGAAGCAUUGAUCUCUCUAGCAAUGCUCUAUCAGGAGAAAUACCAAGAGAACUUGUGUCUUUGUUAGGAUUGGUUUCCCUAAAUCUAUCAAGAAACCAGCUAAGUGGAGAGAUACCUAUAAAUAUUGGGAAUCUAGAAUCACUAGAAUUUCUUGAUAUGUCAAACAAUAAAUUAUCAGGCUCAAUUCCUUCAAGCCUUGCUAAUAUUGAUCGCCUCAGUGUAUUAGACUUGUCAAACAAUCAUCUCUGUGGAAAAAUCCCAACAGGAACACAGUUGCAGAGCUUUAAUGCCUCAUCUUAUGAAGGAAACCUUGAUCUUUGUGGAUCACCACUCAACACGAUGUGCCCAGAGGAUAAUACACCUCCACCUCAAGAAGCGAAUCACAAUGAAGAAGAAGAGGCCUCAUUGUUCUCUCAAGAAUUUUACUUGAGCAUUGGAUUGGGAUUUGUUGUUGGAUUCUGGGCCGUUGUAGGACCGUUGCUCUUCAACCGAACUUGGAGACAAGUCUAUUAUCGAUUUAUGAACACAGUAACAGACAAAGUCCAUGUCAUUCUCGUAGUUUAUGUGGUUAAAUACCUCACCAUCAGAGACUAG